AUGGUUAUUGCGCACUUGGUGCAUGUUUUUACUUCCGUAAGAUGGUUCAAGAACUCUGGCUACGUCAUUGUCGUGGCAACUGGCAUGAUCUACGCACUCUACACCUGCACCACAAGCAUUGCAUGUUCUCCGAAGCCCGACGAUGACCUGGAUUCUUACGUUGAAGGCUUUCGUAAAACGACGUGUUCUGGGGCUGGGGGAGCAAACAUGAUUGUUGGCAUCCUCAUGGCACUUUUCAACUCGCUUGCCGACUUCUAUCUACUGGUGGCCACUUUUCUCCUAAGCCCGUCCAUGAAUGUCACUGUCAAGGAGAGACGAGUCAUCUAUCUCAUGCAUUUCGUGGGAGUAGUCGCUUCUGUGUGUAGCAUUCUAGGCCUCGUCUACCGCAUCAAGGCCUACCAGCAUGUCGAUCUCACUGGCUACCAAAUCCCUAUCAUCGUGUCAUUGAUCCUAGAGGUAUCUAUCAGCCUAUUGAUACCAUGCAUGACCAGCUUCUACCAAAUCUACCGACACUACACCUACGUCGAGCUCAACGAAAGGACCACAAUCGGCACGCCCAGCACCACCCGCUACAACAGCACGCUCUCCUACUACAAAAGCCCAUCGCGGACACAGACAUCCACACCCGUACCGGAUCCGAAGACAAGCUGGCGCAAGACGCACCUCAGCGUGGAAGAAUUACCUUUUCGGAAGGCGUCCGCGGACUUUUACCGAAAGAGCCCGCUCACUUUCCAGGAUGCCCGAGGCCGAGACUCGCGCAUGAAGAGGCUACCGCCAACUCCUCUGCCGAUGGCCUCGCGGAACAAUUCUGUUACAGGGGAGGUGGAGGGUAGCUCGAAGAGACCGAAAACGCCGAAGUCGCCGAAGACUCCAAAGACGCCGAACAGUGUCCGGAGUAUGCGCCUGCCUAUACUUUUCGAGCGUCGGUAG